UGCCCCCGCGCCCUGCGGGUCGCCUCGCCCGGAGAGCGGCGGAGCCCCGUAGGGGCGAGCGGCGGCAGCGCUGAGGAAGGAUGGCAGACACGGAUCUUUUCAUGGAAUGCGAGGAGGAGGAGCUGGAGCCAUGGCAGAAAAUCAGUGAUGUCAUCGAGGACUCCGUGGUGGAGGAUUACAAUUCCAUGGAAAAAAACCCCACAGGCGGGAACGCCGCUGUCCAGCCGGGCGGGCAGUCCCUGCUGCUGGCGCAGAGCCCGGCGCCCGGCCUGGGGGCCGUGGUCACUCAGCCGCUGCUGCGGCCGGUGCAGCUGAUGCAGAACGCCAACCACGGCACCAACCCCCCCACGGGCACCCAGCCCAUCUUCAUCACCACCCAGGGGUUCCCGGUGCAGAACGUCCGGCCCGUGCAGAGCCCCAUGAACCAGGUGGGCAUCGUGCUCAACGUCCAGCAGGGCCAGACCGUCCGGCCCAUCACCCUCGUGCCAGCCCCAGGUACCCAGUUUGUUAAACCAGCAGUUGGCGUUCCCCAGGUGUUCUCGCCGGUGGCGCAGGUGCGGCCGGGCAGCGCCGGGCCCGGCCGGCCGGCCACCAACGCCUUCGCCACGGUCAUCCCGGCCACGCUGACCCUGCGCAGCACCGUGCCCCAGGCCCAGGCUCCCCAGCAGAUGAGCAUCGCCAGCUUCGUGACGGUGAAGCGCCCGGGCGUGCCCGGCGAUGGCGGCGGCAGCGCCGGUGGCCCCGAGGUGGCCAAGCUGGUGAACACGAUGGGCACGGUGCCCUCGCUGGCCCACGGCCCCACCGCGCUGGCCGUGGCCAACAGCAGCCCCGGCACUGGCCAGCGUGGCACCGCCAGCGAGGCCUCGGCCUCGGCCGCGCCCCGGAAAGGCAGCUCCUCUCCCAUUCCCAGCCUGGAUUUCCAGGACGGGGGCCGCAAGGUCUGUCCCAAGUGCGACUCGCAGUUCCGCGUCACCGAGGCGCUGCGGGGCCACAUGUGUUACUGCUGCCCGGAGCUGGUGGAAUUCCUGAAGAAACGCAAAUCCCUGGACUCCGAGCCCGCCCCGCCCUCGGCCAAGGCCCCCUCCCCCGCCCAGGGCGCGGCCCCGGCCCCGCCCCCGACCCCGCCCAAGGCCGCACCUGAGCCAGGUGAGGGCGGGGCUGACCCCGCCCAGGCCAAGCUGAUCAUGCUGGUGGAUGAGUUCUACUACGGGCGGGAUGGGGGCAAGGGCGCGGCCGUGCCACCCUGCCCCAGGGUGCCCACGUCCUUCCGCUGCCCACACUGCACCAAGCGCCUCAAGAACAACAUCCGGUUCAUGAACCACAUGAAGCACCACGUGGAGCUGGACCAGCAGAACGGCGAGGUGGACGUGCACACCAUCUGCCAGCACUGCUACCGCCACUUCAGCACCCCCUUCCAGCUGCAGUGCCACCUGGAGAACGUGCACAGCCCCUACGAGUCCAGCAGUCAGUGCUUUUCCUGCUUUUCCUUGGGAUUCACCUGGGAAUUUCCUCUUCAGUUCCCUGGGGUUUUGGGCAGGGAAAAUUGUCGCCCCUUGUUUGAGGUCAUCACAAAAUCCACCCAAAAUUCCAGCCGAGUUUCACUUCUCCAGCCCCAAUUCCACCUGGAGAACGUGCACAGCCCCUACGAGUCCAGCACCAAGUGCAAGAUCUGCGAGUGGGCGUUCGAGAGCGAGCCGCUCUUCCUGCAGCACAUGAAGGACACCCACAAACCCGGGGAGAUGCCCUACGUCUGCCAGGUGUGCCAGUACCGCUCGUCGCUGUAUUCCGAGGUGGACAGCCACUUCCGGCUGAUCCACGAGGACACGCGGCACCUCCUGUGCCCCUACUGCCUCAAGGUGUUCAAGAACGGCAACGCCUUCCAGCAGCACUUCAUGAGGCACCAGAAGAAGAGCGUGUACCACUGCAACAAGUGCCGCCUGCAGUUCCUGUUUGCCAAGGACAAGAUCGAGCACAAGCUGCAGCACCACAAAACCUUCCGCAAGCCCAAGCAGCUCGAGGGGCUCAAACCCGGCACCAAGGUGACGAUCCGCGCGUCCCGGGGCCAGCCCCGCUUGCUGCCGCUGGAACCUUCCCACGGGAUGGGCCCGGACCCGGCUCCCCUGGGAUCCUGCUCCGACCCCCAGCCCCUGUUCCUGUGCCACCGCAACGCCCCCCGCAGAGCCGGCAAAAAAACGAGCGGCCUGGGCCGGCAGACGUGCCUGGAGUGCAGCUUCGAGAUCCCCGACUUCCCCAACCACUUCCCCACCUACGUGCACUGCUCCUUGUGCCGCUACAGCACCUGCUGCUCCCGCGCCUACGCCAACCACAUGAUCAACAACCACGUUCCCCGGAAAAGCCCCAAAUAUUUGGCUUUGUUCAAGAACUACACGGCCAGUGGGGUGAGGCUCUCGUGCUCCUCCUGCCUCUUCGUCACCUCCGAGGGCGACUCCAUGGCCAAGCAUUUGGUGUUCAACCCCUCCCACGAGUCCAGCAACAUCAUUGUCCAAGGGCCUUCUUGGAUAUCACAUUCCAGGCACACCCAGGACACGCCACAACCCCCCUGCCAAACCCCCUCCCCUCCUCCCCCUCCAAAACCCCAAACCCCACCCCAAAACCCCCAAAAACCCCCAACCCCCGCUCCCCCCGACGCAAACCCCACCCCAAACCCGCCGGAACCCGCCCAAAAAGACCCCGAGCCCACCAAAAAAGAGCAGCUUUCCGUCAAGAAGCUGCGCAUGGUCCUGUUCGCGCUCUGCUCCAGCACGGAGCAGGCGGCCCAGCAUUUCCGGAACCCUCCGCGCCGCAUCCGCCGCUGGCUCCGGCGCUUCCAGGCCUUCCACGACGACCGCCCCGAGCUGCCCGAGGGCAAAUACCUCAGCCUGGAGGCCGAGGAGAAACUGGCCGAGUGGGUCCUGACCCAGCGCGAGCAGCAGCUGCCCGUCAACGAGGAGACGCUUUUCCAGAAGGCCACCAAGAUCGGGCGGUCUCUGGAGGGAGGGUUCCAGAUCUCCUACGAGUGGGCCGUGAGGUUCAUGCUGCGGCACCACCUCAGCACCCACACGCGCCGCGGCGUCGCCCACCCGCUCCCCAAGGAGAUCCAGGGGAACGCCGGGGCCUUCAUCGAGUUCGUGCAGCGCCAGAUCCACACGCAGGAGCUGCCCCCGGCCAUGAUCGCCGCCGUGGACGAGAUCUCGCUUUUCCUGGACGCGGAGGUGCUGGGCAGCGAGGAGCGGAAGGAGAGCGCGCUGCAGACGGUGGGCAACGGCGAGCCCUGGUGCGAGCUGGUGCUGACCGUGCUGGCCGACGGCAGCGUCCUCCCCGCUCUGCUCAUCUCCAGAGGUCACCUGCCCUGCCCGGCCGUCGUCCCCAAAUCCAUCCUGCUGGAAUCCAAGGAGAACGGCUGCGACGACGACGAGAUCAUGGAAUUGUGGGCGGCCAGAGUGUGGAGGAAACACACGGAAUGCCGAGGCGGCGGCGCUCCCAAAGGCAUGCUGGUGCUGGAUUGCCACCGGACGCACCUGUCCGAGGAGGUGCUGGCCGUGCUCAGCGCGGCCGGAGCGCUGCCGGCCGUCAUCCCCGCCGGAUGCAGCUCCCGGAUCCAGCCCCUGGACGUGUGCGUCAAGAGAUCCCUGAAAAGUUUCCUCCAUAAAAAAUGGAAAGAACGGGCGAAAGAUCUGGCGGGUUCCGACUCCUCCGCGCUGCUCCAGCUGCUGCUGGGGUGGCUGGGAGAAGCUUUGGAGAUCCUCGGGAAUUGCCCGGAAUUGAUCCGGAAAUCUUUCCUGGUGGCCAGCGUCCUGCCGGGGCCGGCCGGAGACUCGGGAUCGCCGCGGCGCAACGGCGACGAGCAGGAGGAGCUGAUCGCCGCCAUGGAGGAGAGGCUGAAGAUCGCCAAAACCAGGGAGUCGUCCCCGGAAUUCCCGGAGAACGACGACCCCGAGGCUGAUCCCGAAAUCCUGCACCGGCUCUUCGAGGGGGAGAGCGAGGCCGAGUCGUUCUACGGUUUCGAGGAGGCGGAUUUGGAGCUGAUGGAAAUUUGAGAAUUCCCAGGAAAGAAAAGAAAAGAAAAGCAUUGGACGGAUUCAUCCCGGAAAUUCCUGAGUUGGGAGAGGCCAAGGAGCGUGGGGAAUGGAAGGGCUCUUCCCUGGUUUUGGGCCCGAAAAUUGAAGGAUGUUCCAAAUUUUUGGCCACGGAAAUGGAAGGAUGUUCCAGCAAUUUCUGGCCCCCAAAACUUGAAGGAUAUUCCCUGUUUUUCAGAGAUCCAAACACGUCCCAGAAAUUGAAGGCUAUUCCCAAUUUUCCGCCCCAAAGAUUAAUUUUGCCCGCCAAAAUUAAAGGAAAUUCCCUGGUUUUGGCCCCAAAAAUUAAAGGAUGUUCCGUGUUUUUGGAGAGCCAAUUAUUAAAAAGAAUAGAAAUUAUCCCAGAAAUGAAAGGAUAUUCCCCCAUUUUUUUAGCCCCCAAAAAACCCCAAGGAUAUUCCCAAUUUUUGGCCCCAAAAUCAAAGAAUAUUCCCAAAUGUUUUGUCCCAAAACGAAGGACAUUCCCAGUUUUUGGAACAAACAGAUGAGAUCCCAGUUCCCAGCGGAUUUCUGGGAUUUUUUCCGGAUUUGCCGUUUCCGCCGAUUUUUUGGGAGGAUUUUCGUGGCUUUUUUUUUUUUCUGUUUUUUUUAAAUCUUAAAAAAAAAAAAAAAACUGGAAAAAAAAAAAAACAAAACCAAACCCUUGGAUUCACUGUGUUGGUAUUUCCUUGGAAUUCUCUCUCGUGAGUGGAUAUUUUUUGGGAAUUUUCUUUACCUCACUUGUACAAUAAUUCCUGGUUUUUAGCAGUGGGAAUUUGACGUCGUUUGUGCCCAGUUUGUUUUUUUUUUCCAAGAAGACAAAAAAUCCCCGGAUUUAACUCCCCAAAAAAUUUGGGGAAUUUUUCUUUUUUCCUUGAUUUUUUUUUUUUUUUUUGGAAUUUAACCCAAAUUAAAGGAAAAUUCCUUUGGAUUGGUUGCGAAGAUUCUGUUAUUUUGGGUUUUUUUUUUUUAAUGGAAAUCAGGAAUUUUGAUGGAAUUUUGGUGGAAUUUUAGGGAGUUUUGAGGGAAUUUGGCUUGGCAAUUGUGAAGCCACCAUUCCACGCCGGCAAUUUUUGGGAUUGGCGCUGCUUUUCCUGCCCCCGACCUCGAUUUUCCCAAUUUCUCCCCCAAAAAAUUCCCACUGGAGGGGCAGAAAACCCCAACUUUUCCUUGGAUUUCCCCUUUUUGGAUCAUUCAUGAUCGACUUUAUGAAGAAAAGAACCAUCCUGGAAAACCCCGCCUUGCUUAGGAUCGGAAAAUCCGGGAUUUGGGACUAAAACUGUGACGAAAAACCUAAAAAAAUCCAUUGAAAAAUAAAGAUUUUGGGUUGAUUUUUCACUGCCAGCUCCGAUUUUUUACUGGAAUUUGCAUGUUUUUUGGGAAAAUGUAUUUGGUUUGUUUUUUUUUUUUUAAUUUUAAAAAUUCUUGGAAUUCCCAAAUUCCAGAGGCACCCAGCACCUGUUUUUCCAUAAGAUUUGUGAAGGUGGGUUUUUUUUUUUUUUUUGGGGGUUUUUUUUUUCCCGAAGGAAAACAGGGAAAAAAAAUUUUAAAAAAAUUCAAAAUAAAUAAAAUUUAAAAAGAAAAAAAAAAAAAAUUAUGGAUCAGCUUGGAAUUGUACAGGAGUGAAAAACGUGGAAUAAAAGCAGGGAAAUGAA